AAUUUUAACCUAAAAUUUGCUCAUCGCGAUUCGCGAAAAAUCAUAUCACGAAAGUUUCUCCGAGGUUUAUGCGAAGGGUGACCAAAACUAUUUUUUCUUUUUGGUAUUGGAAGCCGCACUGCUGAGAAAACUAAAGCAUGGCUGGUUAUACAGAUGAGCAUUUUUGGGCUAACCAAAAUCAAAACUCAUAUGAUGGAUUUGGUAACCAGUCCCAAACAUUAGAUUUUCAGUCAUUCGACCAAAAUGCAAGCUUUUUUCCACCUAAUGCAUAUCCCUCUCCCCAGCAACAAGGAUAUGGACAGCCGACUAUUUUUACACCUGAGAUUCCAGAACCGAUGAUAUCUCAUGGUUACGGAGUACCAGGCGACAUCGCGGGUAAUGCGAGUCACGAACCGAACGAAUUUGAUGAACCACCGUUAUUGGACGAGUUAGAAAUUUAUCCACAGAGAAUUAUAGACAAAUCACUUGCCGUACUCAAUCCGUUUCACGCACAAGGUCUUGUGGACAACCCCGAAUAUUUCUUCAAAGAAACGGAUCUUGCUGGACCGAUCGCAUUUUGUCUAACUCUUGCUGCAUGUUUAUUUGUAUCAGGAAGCAAAGCACAGUUCGGCUAUAUUUACGGUCUCUGUAUCAUUUCUGUCGUUGUUAUGUAUGUACUAAUUACACUAAUGUGCAACUCUGCAGAAAACUAUGUUACGAUUACGGCUGUUGCCAGUAUACUGGGUUAUAGCAUUUUACCCAUCGUAUGGCUAUCUAUUGUUGGAGUAUUCUUUGCGUUGAACACGGCGUUCGGAAUUGCACUAGCAGCUUGUGCCAUUUUCUUGUCUACGAUGAGCUGCAGUCGAAUUUUCUGCAUCAUGACCGGUGAUUCCCAUCAACGGUAUCUAAUCGCUUACCCAUGUGCACUGGUUUAUAUAAUUUUUACUUUAUUGGUACUUUUUUGAACAUAAUAUACAGGUGUUUAUGUUGUUGAUAAAUGAAAUAAACACAUAUAUAAAUAUA